CCUCAUGGACCUCUUUGAAGCCGGAGGGGCUGGGUCACACUACCGCCACUAGUUCACGGACCUACCGAGCGUAUAGGAGCUAAACAAGUCCAACCAACGGGGACUAGAAAGGUGUAUUUUUAUGUGUACUUAUUUUUCUCACUUUUGGACAGUAUCUUCGCUUCUUUCCGACGUAGUAGAAGCCAAGCCAGUGAUUUGACUUGACAAGCCCGCUCCGCUACUGUAUCCACUCCCCCCUCCUCCUCCUCCUCCUCCACAGCGCCACACAACCAGGAAAUCGUCGAGGUGUGCUCGGUUCAUCCCGCGAGUAGCUACCCCGUCUGCGGGUGUAGAUGCGACUUCACCCCCGUUGAAUAUCUCCGCGUUUAAGGGGUUUGGGCUUGUUUGACUUUAAUCAGCGGGGGCUUCCGCUUUCAAGUGAGCCCCAAAGUUGCCCGCCAGGAGCAGAGCUGCACUCCGGCCAAACAAUGAGUGAGUCGAGUAUCUGCCAGGCUCGGGCCACUGUGAUGAUCUACGACGAUGGCAACAAGAAAUGGCUGCCGGCAGGUGCUGGGCCCCAAGCCUUCAGCCGGGUGCAGAUCUAUCACAACCCCUCCAACAACGCCUUCCGGAUAGUGGGCCGCAAGAUGCAAACAGAUCAGCAGGUGGUUAUAAACUGUCCUAUCGUGAGAGGCUUGAAGUACAACCAGGCCACACCUAAUUUUCACCAAUGGCGGGAUGCUCGACAAGUGUGGGGACUUAACUUUGGCAGCAAGGAGGAUGCUGCGCUCUUUGCCAAUGGCAUGGCGCACGCUCUGGAGGUGCUCAACUCUAUGGCAGAUGCAGGUUAUGCCACGCUUCCUCGGCCAGUGUCAAACGGUCCAUCUCCUGAAGAAAUUGAGCAGCAGCGCAGGUUGGAACAGCAGGAGCGUGAGCGUCAGGAGCGUGAGCGUCAGGAGCGUGAGCGAAUGGAGAGAGAGCGACAAGCUGCAGCAGUAGUCUCUGUUCCUCCAGCUCCACCAUUGGCCCCUGGUGGCCUUGCUCCUCCGCCGGCUCCUCCCCCUCCCCCUGGGCCUCCUCCGCCCGCUGGCGUCCCUCCCCCUCCAGGACCACCGCCAGCUGGACCCCCAUCCGGAGGACCACCACCACCUCCACCCCUGCCCUCUGCUGGAGCUGGGGGUCUUGGUGGUGGAGGAGCCGGGGGCUUGGCGGCCGCCCUAGCAGGAGCAAAGCUUCGCAAGACGUCUAAACAAGAAGAUGGAUCCUCUGCGGCUCCAGCGGGCAAAGCAGACGCCAGCCGCAGCAGCAACUCUUCAAUUGGAGGAGGCGGUGACCUGAUGGGUGAGAUGAGUGCCAUCUUGGCUCGAAGGAGAAAAGCUGCUGACACUGGUGAGAAGGUGCCUCAAAAGACACAAGACAAUGAGGACUCAGAACCUCCAGGUCACAGUGACAUCAUAAGACGACCGUGGGAGAAAUCAUCAACGAUGUCCAGGAAUAACUCCAUUCCCAAGAGCAUGGACUCCAUCUCCUCAUUGUCCCAAAGUUCCAGGGUGAAGCCUGCAAACAACGGUAAUGAUGCAAGCGGACAAGUAGACGACUCAGACUUAGAGAAAAUGAAACAGGAAAUCCUCGAGGAGGUGAGAAAAGAACUUCAUAAAGUAAAGGAAGAAAUCAUCAGAGCCUUCAUUCAGGAGCUGCAAAAGAGAAGCACAUAGUUGCGAUGUAUCAGAGGGAUGUGAUGGAUGGAGGCGUGUUGGGACCUUUGCUCUACUGCGCCAUCUAUAAUGUUGCCCAGGGAUUUCUCAUUUUGUCUUCUCUCUCUCUCUGUCUCUCACACACACACACGCACACACACAAGCAUUGCUUUUGUUUCACCGUGCAUUCAUGCUCUUAUUGUAAAUGAUAACCCAGGGAACCGCCUCCUCAGGCAGCCAUGCCGCUUUGUCACAGGUGGCUUGCCUAUUUUCAUGAUCCCGUCGUUUUUUCAUCCUAAUCCUAACGUUUUCUCUGUGGGAAUCAAUCGCAGCCACAGCUUGCCGUCAUUGUAAUUUUCAUAUCAGGAGUUUUUUCUGCUAUGCGUCCUGGUCUGACAGGACACAUUUACUGUUAAAGCAAUAUUCAGGGCUUAAAAGUAUCUGCCACAUUUUUACUGUAACAGCAAGAUGCUGGAAUGUUGGGAUUUUACAAUGUUCUCCCAGCUCAAACACUGCAAUCUGUCACACAUCUGCUGGUUUAUUUCCAUUCAUUCUAAUCGGAAGAAGGAAAAGCAACCGUUAGGAGUAGAUCAGAGAACUCUGACUGAAGACCCAAGCCUUUACUGCUCCGGGAAGGAGAGACGAGAAAAAUGGACACCGAUGGACAAGCGGAAUGCUGUGAAAGAGGGGCAUGUUGUCGUUUUAUGAAACGUGUUCUCUUUACAUUGCACUUGAUCCGGAGUUAAGUGUGAGCGUGUGCCACACUGCCUUGACAGACUCCCCUCUCAACACCCCCACCACCUUUUCCGUCGAAAAGAAAUAUUGUUGUCGGCCAGUGCAGUGGUCCUAAACUGUGCUUUUGCUGGUUCUUUGUCUUCAAUUAUUUGCUAUAUUUUCUACCUUUUCUGGAACAAAACAUGGCCAUGAAUAGGUCAAUUAAUUUGGCCAUGACCAACUGCCUUGAGAAUGAAUAUAUAAAUAUAUAUAUAUAUGGAUAAAUAUAUGUUUUGAGGGAAAAUGUUAGCGAAAAUGAAAUGGUUUUUCUAUUUUAAUUAAAAUGACUGGUGAAUGGGGAUUUUUUUUUUGUUCCAUUUUGAUGAUUGUUUUCUUAUGUUAUUUUGGGUUUCUUUUUCUUAUAGAGUCUAGGCUUUUUACACUGAAAUAUAAAGAAAACAGCUUAGAGACACUGGAUUAGAAAUGCCUUUAUAGUCCAAUACAGCUGCUUCUUGAAAUGCA